CGUUCACUGGUCCGCGGUGCGUUCACUGGUCAGCUGUACAUUCACUGGUCUGCGGUUCAGGUCACAGGAUGAGCUCCACCUUCUCUCCAUCGUCUUACCUGAGCUUCAGUGUGUCUCCCCCUGCUGGUCACCGCGAGGAUCGCGGCGUCUCUCCGCACUCCGUCCCCUUCCUCCUCUACCCCUCCGGCACGGACCCCCUGAGGGGCCCCGGCCCGGGGCUCCUGCCCUACCUGGCCCCCUUCCACCACCACGGACACUUCAGCGUCUACGAGUGCCCCUUUGAGCCGGCGUUCAUCCAGAAGCGCAACGAGCGCGAGCGCCAGCGGGUGCGGUGCGUGAACCAGGGCUACGCCAAGCUGAGGGACCACCUGCCGGGUCCGAGCGCCGACAAGCGGCUCAGCAAGGUGGAGACGCUGAGAGCCGCCAUCAGGUACAUCAAAUACCUGCAGGGCCUGGUGGAGCUGGAGGAGGACCGGACUGUGGAGGAGAGUGUGACGGACGACUGA